GUUGAACGGUUGAUUCAUAUCUAUGUUUACUUAGUUUUGGUUAGAAAGAAGUUAUUUUCGUUUUUUUUUUUUAUUCAAAAUUUUAAAGACAUUAUCCGUAUAACCCUUACAGGUAUUUGUAUUUUUACCGUGUGCCUUAGAAUCUUAGUGUAGCCUCACUGUUUCUAAGUAUGGAGAACUAUACGGCCAGAAAUACUGAUACACCUGUAUAUUCUGAACAACUGUUUUUUAAGAUCAAUAAUAAACAAGUUGUAUUUAAAACGGAUAAGCGAACUGUUGAAAAAAUUAAAGAUGAGGAAGUUUUGAUGAACUACUUAAAAGCCAUUAUUAAUUCACGAAUGUUAGUGUCAAAUGGUCAAAAUUUAAUUAACUACCCAGUUAAUAUUACAAAAACAGAUUAUUUAGAUUUGUCUAGUUCAUAUAUUGAACUAGAAGUUUCUAAUAUUGUACAAGAUGAUGGUGUUGAAGAGCUUCACUGUGUUCUUUUAAAUGAUGGAACUUCUAAUAAUAUUAAACCUUCCAUUGAGAUUAAGCCUGUUGUUGUAAAUCAAACUACUGCUGAAACAAGUUCGUGGAAUGAUAUAAAUGAAGCAUAUUUUCCAGAUAGUAAUAUGCCGGCUUUAAAAUGGUCAACUGAAAUGACAUCUUUAUUGAUUGCAUUGCGUGGUAGUCUUAAUAAAGAAUUUAAUACAGUGAAGUAUAAAUUUAAAUUAUGGGAACUGAUUGCACGAAGAAUGAGUAGUGGUAUUCCAUCUGUAAAAGUAACUGCUAAAGAUUGUGAUGAUAAAUGGAGAAAUAUAGCAGCUACAUAUCGAAAAAAUAUAGAAAGAAUUAAAUAUAUGGGAGAUUUCAGUGUACGAUGGGAACAUUUUAAUGCUAUGGAUGAAAUACUCAAAGGCACUGACGAAUUAAAGAAACCUGAUGCUUUUAUUGAGGUAGACAAAAUGAUAGGAACUAUGAAUAAAAAUGUUGGAGCUGAUCAUUUUGAUACAGAAGAAGAUAACAGUGAAAUAAUGGAUAUGGAUUCAAAAGAUGACAUGGAUUAUUUUUUUUUGACUUCAACUACUAAUGCCAACAGUGAAAUACGACUAUGGACCCAAGAAAUGAUCCUCCUUUUAUUUUCAUUACGGCGUAAUAUGGCUGAUCGUUUUGACCAUGCAACUAAAGAAACUGAAAAAGACCUUUUAUGGUAUGAUUUAGUUACAAAGAUGAACAAAAGUCUUGGUACAAAUGCCGAUAUUGAAUCCUAUGAAGCAGAAUCUUUAUGGAAUCAAUGUGUUGAACAAUAUGAAGAAAACUUAGACAAACUAAAAACUCAAGGAUCCCAAGAUGUAAAAUGGCCUUAUUUUGCUAUUAUGGAUCAGAUGUUGGGAGGAACAAUAGAAAUUCCUGAUAUUAGUCAUCCGCGACCUGGUGAAGAACUGGUUCCUGUAUUCAUGCAGGGUUUAUGGAAACAAUCUGAUGUACGAGAAAUGUUAAAUAAUUACAAAACAGAUACAAAUGUGGAGAUAGACGAAGACUCAGAUGCUAGUGAUGAAAGUAACAUAGAAACCAAAAAAGGAAAAAAGUGGCACCCAGAACUUAUACGUAAGCUUAUAAAUUUACGUACUGAUGCAGAAAAUGAAGUGAAAAAAUGGGUUCGAAAACCAAAUUCUAUAUGGCCUGUUGUUUUAAAGAAAUUUCGCCGUAUUGGAAUUGUUAUGCUGACUGAACAAGAUUUAGAAAAUAAGUGGAAUAGCUUAGUAAGAUCAUAUAAUCGCAGAGUGUCAGGUAUAAGUAAAAAGUCAAAGACACAUUGGCCGUAUUUCUAUGAUAUAAAAAGUGUAAUGAGUAUUGUUGGAAACGAUAAUACUUGUUCUGAAACACCAACACAUGAUGACAAUAAAUCAGAUCAACCACCUGAAUGGUUUCUUAGUUAUAUGAAAAAAAAAGAAGUCGCUGAUGCAUACAAACAUGAACAAUUGAGAAAUAUGCUGAUUAAUAUACAGCGUAGUCAAAUGGAAAAUAGAAGAUUGAUUCUUUCAAUUUUUAAAAAAUUAUAAGCUUCCUAGUCAAAUAUGUUCAUUUUAUGUUGAUGUAAUUUUAUAAAUAUAUACCUCAGUAUAUAUUAUUUUUUAUUGUUACAAAGGCUGAUGCUUAAAUU